UUUUACGAGUGGACUUUUGUUGAUUCAGGGAUCGUAUAUACAUAAAUGUGACAUAUUCUCUGGAAGUGUGGAAAUUUCAAACGAAUGGUCUUAUGCAGAUAAAAGCCAUAUGUACAACACUUCUAUUACGAUGGAAACCAAUACCACCACUACACGAGAUCUUUCUACGGAGCCAAACAGAGAGCAGGACACAGAGGAAGGUAAGGACCUUCAGCCAUUAAAUAUUGAUACGCUGAAUGGAGCAUCAUCCUCUCUCAAUGACAAAACGACAGAGAACAGUGUAAAUGGCAACCCUACACCUGGAACCAUGAUGGCCUCUUCUCCAGAUAUAUGUCAAGAAUCUAUUGCACUUGCAACGAAAACUGAUCAAGAGAUGGUGGUACUUCGGCCGACUAACAUCACUAACUGCCCAGGAGCAAUAUUUGGGAACGUUCAGCAAAAUACUCACUACCAUGCUCCGCCACCUUCGCCAAUAGAAACAAUGAUAGAGAGAACUAAACAAAGCAUCUUUCUAGACUUUGAUGAACGGGCACAUUUUGUGACAAGGCCUUCAAAGAGAGCGCUUGAAAUAAUCAAGAUGAAAGGAAAGGUUGCAGUGACUGCUAAAUCAAAACAGGGAAAAACAACAAUGGCCAAGUAUAUUGCAAAGAAACUUACAGCUGACAAGAAGUUCACACCAGUGGAGGUGAUCAGCCCUGACCAGUGGACGGAACUCCCCCAAGACAAACACUUCCUCGUCAUAGUUGAUAAUGUAUUUGGUAGAAAUAUUGACAACUUCCAAUCACAGUGGAUUCCGGUGCUAAGGCAGAUCAACAAUGAAGUCGAAGGUGGUAAGAUCAUUCUUAUCAUGACAUGUGACAAUCUUAUUGCAAAGAAACUUGGAAAACUAUUUGACAGAUCAUGCAUUGUUGACCUCCAAACACAUGAAUUUAAACUGAGAAGGUUUGAAAAGGUAGAGAUUUUGGACAGGCUUCUUAGGAAACAUGGAAUGAUUCUACCGAAAGUUGCUAUGUUUGAUGCAUGUGAUGAAGGCCCCCCAGAUGAUUUCCUUGAAUGUUGUGAAUUCUUCAAUAAAAAUCUCAGUUUAGACUUUUUCAGGGACCCAUAUGAAAUAGUAACACCAAAGAUUACUGAACUGUUUGAAUCACACAAAGGCAUCUACUGUGCAAUGGUUACAGAUGCAUUACGUUUGUGUAAUGUAAUGAAAGAUUACCAGAAUCUCAAAUACGAGAUAGAAACUUUGUGCUGUGUUGACAAAGCCUCUCUUGGUGAAAGUCCAUUUGAAACUGGCGAUUUUUCUAAGCACAAAACCUAUUACAAAUGUGCUUUUCUGUCAAUGAAAAAUCUUGAUCUUACGUGCAUGGUGAGAAUUUGCCCUUUUGAUAUUCUGGCUGAACAUACUACAACAAAAUUGGAACAGGAAUCACACAGGAUACUUCUUUUACCAUUUGAAGUGCAUCAACAACUGACAUCUAGAAUCAUGGAGAACUUUAGAAUUAGCGUGUCACAAACACUCAGUCAUGAUUGUUUCUCAGAUAGAAGGUUCCUGGACUCUGUCGAUCCUGACUUAUAUGACAUGAUGGCAGAAAAUGCCACCGAAGUGAUGGAUUUGGCUGUACAAUACCAGUAUACAGAACUUGUUGAGGCACUUAAGGAUGUGACACUCUCUGAAGAUUCUAAACACAAGCUUUUACACAAGGCUUUUGACACAAUGAACACAGACAUAAUUGCUCUCCUGUUAGAUGAUUCUGGUGAACAGAUAUGCCAGAUUUGCGUUCAUAGGAUUUGCAGCUCAUUGGACAAGGCGACACCUGAUUCAUUACCCAGGUCAUAUUUCAGGUUAUUAUCAAGCUUCUCCUUUGGCGACCUGGAGCCAUGCAUUAGAAACUUGGUAAUAAGCGGGUACACAGACAUUAUCAAAGAUUUGCUGCUUCAGCAGCCUCCUGAUUACCAUGUCAUAAGAAACCUGGUGUUAUUUUGCUCUUGCAAAAAUGGCAUGGAAGACAUAUACCUCUCAAUCAAAAAAAUGGAUGUUGCACUUCCUGACCUGGAUGCUCUUUUGUCACACGCAGCAGAAGGAGGAAAUAUUGACAUUGUCAGAGAUCUUUUAUCAAUGGGAGCGAACCCCAACACCAAUAGCCAUGGGACAUAUAAACCUGUUCAUCUAGCAUGCAUAUUCAACCAUACACCUGUGAUUGAAGAACUUCUACUAAAAGGAGGGGACAUCAUGGGGUUGUCAACAUCGAAAGAGACAGUUCUCCAUGUCGCCAGCAGUGUCAAAUUGGGGAGCAAACCAGAUACUAUCCGAUGGCUAUUAAGAGAACAUUUGGGAAUGCUUAGUCUUGAAGCUGCAACUGAUGAUGGAUGGACUGCAUUACAUUAUGCUUCAUCAGCUGGAAACAUGGAUUCUGUCAAGUGUUUGUUGAGAUAUAAAGCAAAUGUAUCGAGUUGUGACAAUGCUGGAAACACGCCACUCCACUGUCAUGUCAAUGGUGAAAAUCCAAGUACAGGGGUCUGCGAACUGCUGAUCAGUGCUGGCUCUGAUCCAGAAUAUAAGAAUGCAAAGGGAGAAACACCAUUACAGUUGAUUACCAAACGAAUGGUUCCACAGAGAUGCAGUGUUUUACAGUGUCUCUCAAAAGAAUCAACGCAAGUGAAUUCAAAAGAUGAGAAAGGUAAUUCUAUAAUCCACUGCCUCCUUGGCGAGGAUUGUGGGGCUGAAGAAGCUGAAGUACUGAUCGAAGCUGGUGCUGAUAUCAACCUUCCUGAUAUGAAUGGGGAUACACCAUUCCAUUUGCUUGCUAUGAAGAGAUUUCAUCAUAUCAUUACGACCAUGAUAGAUAAAGGUGCCAUAUUUGCUAAGAAUCGAAGUCAACAGACCCCUUUGCACAAAGCGGUUCCUGUUCCACAAAACAAGGAAACUGUGGAAAAAUUGGUGAAAGCCUUUCCAGGAUGUGUACUUGUGGCUGAUAUCAAUGGAAACACUCCAAUUCACAUUGUUUGUGAGGAAUGCCCAGAGAAUGGAGAUGAGUACCUUGAACUUAUGCAUAACCCUAAUGCAUGGAAAGCAAGGAAUGAACAGGACCUUACACCACUGCAUCUUGCUGCAGCAUCUGAUGGAGAUGCCUCACCAGCAAUUGUUGGAAUGCUCUUACGUCACCGAGCAGAUGUCUCUGCAUGCGAUAGAAAUGGAAAUACCCCCAUACAUAAGUCAGGUUUCCUUAGUGGAAAACAUUCUGUAUUAAUUAUCCAGAUGCUCAUUGACAAGGGGGGUACAUUUGGUUUGAAUAAACAUGCCAACAGCCCCUUACACAUGGCAUGCCUAUCAAAAGGUGAGAGCAAAGGACAAGUAGCCCUCUUCUUGAUAGAUAAUGGGUCUAGGAUGGAUGCACCAAACGCAAGCGGAAAAACACCAAUCGAGAUAGCUAUAUCUCGUAAUGAAACAGAAAUAGCUGAAACUCUUAUGAACGUCUUGAUUAGACAGGUGUGUACAUCAAACAGUUACAAGGCAGAUGAUGUUACUCGACUCUGGAAACAUAUGCAAACUGCUAAUUAUAGCAAUACAUACAGGCUUCUACACAAUGUUUGUGAAAUCCCUGCAGUCCAUACACAUAAACUGAUACGAAAACUUGUGGAAGCUGGCUGCAGUGUGAAUGCAAAAGAUGAUACUGGCAGAUCACCAUUACAUGUCGCAUGUUUGUAUGCCAGAAAAUACACAGCAGACAUGGUAGAGGAGCUUGUGAGUCUUGGAGCAAAGAUUCACGACAAAGAUGUCAGCGGGAGAAAUGCUCUUCAUUUUGCAUGUAUGUCACAAGACGAAAGGGCGAUCAGGACUCUUCAGUUUCUUAUUGAUAGGGAUGUAGGAUUAAACGAACCUGACAGAGAUGGUGACACGCCUCUUCACAAGGCAGUGUCCACAGGGAAUCAUUGCUACAAUGCUGUAAAGAUGCUCAUCAAAGCGGGGGCAUGCACGGAUGCGCAAAACUGGUUUCAGCAAACCCCAUGUGAUUUGGUCCCACACUCAAACGCAAAAGUAUGUCGGCUCUUAUUUGGUAAUAAAUUGUGGCAGAAAUGUAAUGGUGAUAAGAAACUUCAGGAACAAACAGUGAGAAGUUUGAUGGAGGGAGGCGCAUCAGUGAAUUACAAACUCCAAAAUGGCAAGACUUUGUUACACAAGCUCGCUGAGGAAGGAGGAAAACAUGCUCUGGAGAACACCAAACUGCUCUUGUCUUUGGAUGCUAACCCGCACACACAAUUUGAGAGCCUGACACCAUAUGAUACUGCAACAUUCAAUGGACAUUAUGAACUGUUAAAAGUGCUUGAGAAAAGUAUGAAAACUACUAAACCAAGUCAAAGAGAAAAAGAAAGCAUGGAAGAGUUUGAAGACAUCCUUGUACAUAUGGAGGACGUUUAUGAGGGCUCUGCAACAGCCAUGAAGAAAGCUGCAGAUCAUGUUGAACCUGGAAAUGAAAAGCUUUCUGACAUUAUGAAGGGCACUGCUCAAACUCUACAAUUAGGUACGAAGAUGUUGAAAGGUUUUAGCAAAGGUCUAGAUUUUGUCAAGCAUCUUGGGGAUGACUUGUAAAAACUUUUUCCACCAACCAAAUUGUUUGCGUAUGAAUAGAAGACUAUCAGGUAUAGGAAAGUGUCUGUUGAUCAAAGACUGGAACUGUGAUCAGUUAUACAUAUCUUAAUUAAGUAAUCAAUUUACACAAUUUCUUAAUCUAUCAUCUAAGCCAUUACUGCCACUAACAUUUCUUAUUUUGAAAAGUAACGUGUUUUGGGGUCCAGAGCCAGAGCACUGAGUCCAUAACCUUUCCAUCUGAUGGGACAGCCUUGCCUUCUUUAGUGGUGAUGAUGAUGCUUGCACUGUUUUCAUUCAGGCUGGAAGAAGUUAACACAGACGUCACCUAUAGUCACAAAUCAUUGUCAAGAACUUUCUGGCUCAGCUUCAAACAAAGCUAGAUAACCACGAGACUGCCUGGCAUAUUUUUUUUAAAUGUCUGAAGCUUUGGAAUCCAACUUUCUUCAUUGCCAAGUUUAAUGUGAUAAUGGAGUGUACUCUCUGCUGGGAAAUACCUACUGAACGGUCUGAACCAACAAUAUGACCUCAAUCUUACACCGGUUGGUCAUCACUAUGUCAUGGACCCGUGAAGAUUCCAGGGGGAGAAUAGGUCUUCAGCAACCCCUGCUUGCCGUAAAAGGUGACUAUGCUUGUCGUAAAAGGCGCCUAACGGGAUCGGGUGGUCAGGCUCGCUGACUUGGU